CCUCGCCGGCCCCGCCCCCCGCUCGCUUUCCCUUCAGCCCGCCGCCUGGCACUUCGUCAGCUCUGCCAACGUGGAGGAGCCGGCUGAGGAGGCCGAAGCGAAGGCGGAAGUAAUCCGGGAGGAGGAGGAGGGGGCGCCGUCUUUUACCCGCCGCGGCAGCCGAAGACCCUCCGGCCAUGGAGAGCUCCUUGGAGAAGAUGGUCGAUCCUACCUUAGCAGAAAUGGGAAAGAAUCUUAAUGAGGCCAUGAAGAUGCUUGAAGACAAUCAAAGGAAAGUGGAGGAAGAAAACGAGAAGAAGUAUAUCAGGAAAGAUAUUCCUGGACCUCUUCAAGGCAGUGGACAAGAUAUGGUGAGCAUUCUCCAGUUAGUUCAGAACCUCAUGCAUGGAAACGAGGAGGAGGAAUCAAUGCAGUCUUACCGACUUCAAAAUGUUGGAGAACAGGGUCACAUGGCUCUGUUAGGACACAGCUUGGCCGCUUACAUUUCAGUGCUGGACAGAGAGAGGCUCCGGAAACUUACAACCAGGAUCCUGUCUGACACUACGCUGUGGCUGUGCAGACUUUUUAGGUAUGAAAAUGGGUCAGCAUAUUAUCAUGAAGAUGAUCGCGAGGGCCUUUUAAAAGUCUGCAGACUUGUGAUUCAUUCACGCUAUGAGGACUACACAACAGAUGGUUUUAACGUGCUAUAUAACAAACAACCAGUUAUAUACAUUAGCUCUGCAGCCAGAGCAGGCCUGGGCCAAUCACUUUGCAAUCAGCUUGGCUUACCUCUCUCCUGCAUGUGCCGGGUGCCUUGUAACACCAUGUUUGGAUCUCAGCAUCAGAUGGAUGUGGCUUUACUGGACAGAUUGAUUAAGGAGGACACUGAGUCUGGAAAGCUACCGAUAUUGCUAGUGGCCAAUGCUGGUACCCCAGGAGCAGGACAUACAGACAAACUUGGGCGACUGAAGGAACUCUGUGAGCAGCAUAGCAUGUGGCUACAUGUGGAAGGGGUGAAUUUGGCUACUUUGGCUUUGGGUUAUGUCUCGUCAUCUGUGCUGGCCGCAACCAAAUGUGACAGCAUGACCCUGACUCUGGGUCCCUGGCUGGGUCUUCCAGCAGUGCCUGCAGUGACUCUCUACAGACAUGAAGAUCCUUCUUUGUCCUUAGCUGCAGGCCUGACCUCUAGUCAGGCAGUUGAGAAGCUCCGAGCUCUGCCUCUGUGGCUCUCCUUGCAAUACCUUGGACAUGACGGGAUUGUUGAAAGAAUAAAACACGCAUCUCAGUUGACCCAACGGCUGCUGGAAAACAUGAAGAACCAGGAUUUUAUUAAAACCUCUGUUGAAGACGAACUUAGCUCUCCUGUGGUAGUAUUCAAGUUUUCCCCAGAACUUCCACGUAUAGAUCAUAUGUUACAUUCUGCACAGGCACCUAUGAUAACUGGCAACAAGAGAUAUAUUUGUGAUACUUUUAAUCAGUGGCUGGGAGAGCAGUUGGCUCAGCUGGUGCCUGCCAGCGGAGUUGAUGUGGUGGAACUGGAGGAUGAAGGCACUUGUGUGCGUUUUAGCCCAUUCAUGACUUCUGCAGUUUUAGGAACUGAAGUGCAAGACGUUGACCAGUUGGUGGACUGCUUAAAAAUGAAGAUUCCAGUCCUGACAUGCACGCUGCAACUAAGGGAUGAAUUUGAGCAAGAAGUGAAAAGAACUGUAGGUCUUUCCUAUGUUGAAGACCUCAGCUGGCCUGGCCUUGGAGUGGUAAGGUACAAGGGGCAGACUGAAGACAAACAGGAGAAAGAAGUGGAGAAGAUUAACAAUGGGCUUCUGAAAAAAUUAAACGAGCUGGAAUCAGAUCUGUUGUUUUCCUUAGGUCCAGAGUUUGGAGGGGAGAAGCACUGCGUCUAUAUCGGAAUGGUCACUGAGGAUCUGGAUGUGUCGGAACUCGUCGAAACGAUUGCCGCCACGGGCCGAGAAAUUGAAGAAAAUUCAAGGCUGCUGGAGAACAUGACAGAAGUUGUGCGGAAAGGCAUACAGGAAGCGCAAGUUCAGCUGCAGAAAGCAAACGAGGACAGGCUCCUUGAAGAGGGGCUGCUCCGACAGAUUCCUGUAGUGGGCUCCGUGCUCAACUGGUUUUCUCCGUUUCAUGCUUCGCCAAAGGGACGAACAUUCAACCUGACAGCAGGUUCUUUAGAGUCUACAGAGCCCACAUAUGUCUCCAAAGUGCAGGGCACUGGGAUCACCCCACCGCCCACUCCCACAUCAAGCCGUUCAAAACAAAGGUUCCCUGGACAAAAGCUGUUUAAAAGGUCCUUGAGGAACUCAGAUGGGUGCAGCGAGACCAGCUCGGUGAGUCACAUUGAUGAUUUGGACCGAGCAGAGCAACGGGCAGCUGCGGCUUUACCCAUCGGCCCGGAGCAGGCAGAUGAGAGCGUGCUUCCAAACCUGGAAACGGAUAAAGGCUCCCAGGGUGACGAGCCCCAGACCCUGGCAAACGACUGCACUACAUCCGAGGAGCAAGAGAGUCGAAGAUAAAAUCCAGACGCUGUGCAGUUAAAGACUUUGUAUAGCAAAUGCACUCCCUUCUCUAGCAGGGGAAACUUAAUGAUGCAUUUAAAAUGUGAACAGUGCCACAGUUAGCACCGUAAUAACUACUGGAGAUUUUGCACAAAGAUUAGUGGAAGAAAUCUUCUCUUCCCCCACCCCUUUUCACCUUAUCUGUAGGGCAGUGGCCUUGUUUUUCCUGUACACUUUUGUCAUGACAGCUCUUUGUCCUGCAUAUGUUCAUACUGCCAAGGUUGUUAACAGCAGUUUUGACAGGAAAAUUGGCAGUGCCAGCUUGUCUCCAGGUGGCAAAAGAAUGAUUUGCUGCUUAUUUGCCCAGACACCUCUGCUUAGGAUGGAACGAUCAACUGCACUUGGUCCUUUGGGGGUUGUUUUUUUUGUAAAAAAUGUUCUGAUUUCUGUGUUAAAUAAACCUACCACCUGCUCACUACCCUAUUUUUUAAAAUACCUAUUUUUUAAUAGGUAAACAAACCCAUAGGCACACUCAUUGGGCUUCUAAGGUCACCCUUGAUUUUAUGAAUAGUCUUUUUUUUAAAAUUAUCCUGGAGAUUUGCCUCAAGUGUACAUAUCAGUGACUGAGCACUACUUUUGGUGGUGUUUUUUCCUCAAACAGAGCAAUGGCUUUGCAGUUUAACAGGGCAACUGGGUCACUGAGGCAGACAUUCCUCUUGUAGAAGGAUUCCUUGCCAUGGCCGCUGGGAGCGAAUAGCCCCCCAGUUUCCCCUGUAGGGCUAGUAGGAACGAAACCCAAUGGGAAAGCAUUGUCUUAGAGUGACAAGAAGUCAUCCCAGACCCUCUGUGGCACAUCUUUUGAAAGAUAUCAGUGAAACUCUUGAACAGACAUGUUGCCUGUCUGUGAUGUUUCCUGGACUGCUGUCCUAGAUUUUUCUGAUCAAUAGUUUACAUUUCCUACAUAUUGUAAAUUCCCAGAGAAAAUACUAGAUUAUUUACACUGCUGCAUUAUUUUAAAAAAUGAGCUAACUUUUUCUUCCAACCCAAGAGCAAGUACUCAGAAGCCUAUUUCUUCCCCUGUAAUUAUGCCGUCUUCACCUUAGUAACUUCUUUAAUUCUGUAUUGAGCUUGCAUCUUGUCGUGUAAAAAGAAAAUACCAGGCAAUAUUUAAUUUUGAGUGAGUUAUGUGAUCAAUCCCCUUGCGAGUCGUCGUUCAAUUAUUUUGAAACUCACAUGGAUUGAAAAUCACCCAAAAAGGAUUUUUGCCCGAAGAACUUGCCUGCUAACUUAAGUACAGCAUAGUCCUGCACAACUGGAGAUGUUAAUCCACAUGAGCACCAAUAACGAAUUAAAAGCAUAGCUGUUUGCAAGCACCUACUAUAGUGUUUGCAUUGCGUCAUCAUAAAUAGUGCAAUGGUAGCACCUAGGCACAGAAAAUGAACAUUAAAUAAUAUGUACAAGAAGAAACCCCCAAGUGGUUCAUGUGGUAGAAGGUGCUUGUCUGAACCUAGAGCGAAACUGUUUUCAAAUGCAACCAACCAGAUGCAAUAUAAAAGCAUCCGUAAGCUGUGUAACUGAAGAUCAGAUUGAAGGCACAGUGCACAUAAUUUUCCUGCUCUGAUACAACUUAUGGGUGGUCUAAGUUGCAUAAGAAGUCAGUUAACGUGCCCCAUACAUGGAGAAGGUAAGUUAUAGAAUCAGGAGAAUUUAAGAUUAUGUUUACGAUAAUAUCUAGUUUAGUCCUUGGCCAAAGAAACUCAUUUCUUUGACGAGUUCAUCUAGCAGCGGCUUGUAAUAUCCCUCAAAGCAUUUUCUUUGUCAGUGGAUUUUGAGGGGCAAAAUGGUGGCAGACAUUGGCCAUUGCCUUGGUGUGUGUUGAGGACUAUUGCUAAGUGUACAGUUGAUUCAUUCUCUUGACUAUAAGGGGUUGGGAAAUCUUAAAAUACAAACAAGCUUCAUAGUUUUGCUUUGAUUCUUCAAAUAAGGAUUGACUUUUUUUUAGAAGUGCACACUUAAUUAUUGUCUUCCUUGACAGUUUAUGUGGUAAAAUGAAUUAUAUUAACUUGGGGUUCAUUGAACAGGGGAAAGGGUUAAAAUUAUAAUUGUUAAUACAAAUUUUAAUGUUUUUUAUAUUGUUAAGCUGGCAGUUUUGCUGGAAAACAGACCUAAUUUAGAUACUUCCCAAAUGCUUCAAUAAAGGUUCUUCAACUUGUUAACGUCCGAGUCUGUAUCAACCAUUUUGACUACUGAGCUAUUCUUAAGAGGAAAAUAAAGUUUCAUGCAUCAGGACUACUUACCCAAUCUUUGACACACCAGAAAUGUGAAGUAGUCCGACAAAUGAAAAAGAGAGGACUGCAGGCACGCUCAUGAGUUCAUGGAGGUUCCCUUUUCCUUUCCAUCUGUUAUUUUCAUGUUGAAAAAUGAGUGAUAUUCAAAAGAUAAAAAUAAA